GUUUCAGGAAUUUUAACUGGGCAUCGUUUUAGAGAGAUGUCAUUUAGGUAAAACUCAUGUCCUCCUGUACUUCUAAAGAUCCUCUACAGACGGCUGUCAACGCUAAUUUGGAUCAAACUCGACCUUAACAUUUUUUUAUGGUCUUUGACCGGAAGUAAACAGAGGAGCGGUGGUGCUUUAAAACACAAUGGGGAUCACCAAACUGGCGGAUUUGAUCCGCCUCGGUGCUCCAGGUGCCAUUUCCCUCAAGGAUAUCAGUGACUACUCGGGAAAAGUAAUCGCACUGGAUACGUCUAUUGUUGUGAACCAGUUCCGUGCAGCGACGCCUACCCUAAGCCCCCUGACAGGUCUCUUCUUCCGCACGCUCACCCUCUUGGAGCAUGACAUAAAGCCUGUCUUUGUGUUUGACGGGAAGCCUCCAGGUGAAAAAACAGCUGUUCUGGAGAAGCGAGCUGAGGCAGCAGGUUGGAGGUCCACCAACCGCACAGGCACAGCAUCCCUCCAGACCCAAGAUUGUGUCCAGCUCCUGAAGCUUCUUGGUGUACCCGUCAUCCAGGCUACAGGAGAUGCUGAGGCUCUGUGCGCCCAGCUGGUGAAAGCAGGCACUGCGGACGCUGUGGCAUCAGAGGACAUGGACACUCUGCCUUUUGGAGCCACUACUCUCAUUCGCCAGCUGAACGCCAAGAGGGACAGUGAAGUCACUGAAUAUUCUUUGCCAAAGCUGUUGGAGAAACUCCAAAUUAGUCACAAAGAGUUUGUUGACCUGUGUAUUUUGCUGGGCUGCGACUACUGCGACAAGAUAGCCGGUUUGGGUCCUAAGAGAGCUCUGACGUUGAUCCAGCAGCACCGCACGAUUGAAAAUGUGGUUCUGCACGUCAACAGAGUGACGCACCCUGUGCCGCAAUUCUGGAAGUACAAAGAAGCACGGACGAUAUUCUUGGAUGCACCACAGACAUCAGAUCCUGAACUCACCUGGAAGGAGCCAGACGAAGAAGCCCUGGUUCGGUUCCUCUGUCACGUCAAAUAUGUUAAGGAGGACAGAAUCCGUCGCCGAAUGGAGAAGUUCCGGCAGAUGCGGGAAGGUCGGAGGGAGGAGAGGGAAAAGGAGAGGGCAGCAGGACAUUGCAGGCAGACUCGUAUGGAGGACUUCUUUAGAGUCACCAGAAAGAGAAAGCAGUCUGUGGAAGCUGCAGACUCUUUAAGCAGCAACAAGAAGAAACCAAAGUCAAAAUAACGCUGCUGCUGCCUCCCGCCGUCUGCCUCCACCAUCCAAGUUGGAAGUUGUUUUCAACUCUUUCAACACCACCUGCCUGUCCAGAUACCUCAAAUAAUUAUGAAAAAAUAAUUAGAAGAUAAAUCUGUGAUCCCAAUCUUGAAUUUCAAGCUCGUCAUGUCUGUUCCAAUGAGAAAGUGUAGCGUCUUCAAAAUCAAUGUCAGUGAGUAAAUUUUAUUCUGUGUAUUUUAAUUUUCCUUCUGUAACACUACAAACUAAAAAUCCUCAAUAGUUUCAGAGGCAGCAGCUUUGCAUAUUAGAUCAUGACUUUGCAUUGGAAGAAGACUGCAUUUUUCCAAGUGCCUUCUAGUCACUGCCGAAUUUAGAAGAAGCCAAAACAGGCUUCUCACAAGACACUGACUUCAAGUCUUUUGUCUCUGCAUGGGAGCGCUACUCCCACUGACAAUACAAUAAUCUGAUCUUGUCUGAACAGCAGUGACCGCAACAAUGCAGUUCACUGAGCAGUUUUUCCAGCAGUUUCCUGCAAAGCUACCAAGAAGAGCAGAGCAGGCGAUGGACUGCUAUGAAAGAGAACAGUGUGAUCAGUGUCAGGGAGGCCUUCCCCCACGCCAAAGCUGGAGACAGGGGAUGUCUCAUCACUAGAUAUUCAAUGAGCACCUGUUGUGUGAAGGGUGCCAAGACAGGGACCAAAGACUAGAAUUUUAAGCUAAAGUGGUGUCAUGUCUAAAAGAGAUAGUGAAAUCCAUAUAAAGAAAAGUUUGUAUUUUUUUUUUAAAAAAAGAAAUACUUGUAAAUACAGUAUGUUUUGUAUUUUAAUUUAAUAUGU